AUGUUAGGUAUCAAUGCACGUAACACAGAAGCAGGAGAAGAAGAUAUAUCAGCAGCAGAAGAAGCAGCAGCAGCAGCAGCAGCAGCAGCAGCAGCAGCAGCAGAAUUUGGUUUACCUCGACUCGAUACAAUACAGCAGCAAAAGCAGCAGCAAAAGCAGCAGCAGCUGCAGCAGCAGCAGGAGGAGGAGCAGGAGCAGGAGGGAAAGGAAAAACAACUGCAGCAGCACCAGGUGCAGCAGCAGCAGCAGCAGGAGGAGGGAGAGAAAAAACAACAACAACAACAGCAGCAGCAGCAGCAGCAGCAGAAGCAGCAGCAGGAGCAGCAGGAGGAGGAGGAAGAAGAAGAGCAGCAGCAGCAAGAGCAGCAGAAGCAAAAGGAAUAG